AUGGCCUUUGUUACAUGGAGAAUUUUGCAUAGAAAGAUUCCAACAGAUGACAUGAUCCUCAAGUUGGGUAUUAGAAGUGAUCUUAAAUGUCACUGUUGUAGAAUUGCUCAACCUGAAAACAUUUUCCAUAUCUUUGUCAAUGGUCCCUUGGCCUUAGCAUCAUGGUCGCAUUUCAGGGGCUUUGGUAUCUCGGGUAGUUUCAACUUCAUUCAGGAGGCUUUAAACACUUGGUGGUCCAUUACCCUAUGCAACCCUAUUUCAGCUAUGGUGGUAAGAAUUUGUCCAAUUGUCCUUAUAUGGGUGCUAUGGACAACUAGAUGUAAUGGUCGGUUUGGUAAGAAAAAACCUUAUCUCCCCAAACUCCUUUAUCAGAUUUCUCAUUCUAUUACCUCUAUUAUUAGACUCCAAUUCUUGAAUUUUAAGUACAAUUUGUCUUGGGAGGAACUAACUCAUCUUCUAGACAAGAAGAUUGCUUUUAAAAUGUGCAGGGCUGUCUACUGGAACAAGCCAACUAGCAACUUCUUCAAGAUCAACAGUGAUAGGAGCCAUAAAAAUAAUUCAAGUGGAGGAGGAGGAGUGAUAAGAAACUCACAAGGAAAGAUGAUAAUGGCCUACUCUAUCCACUUUGGACCUGGCACGAGCAACAUUGUGGAAGCUAAAGCACUAUUGUUUGGGGUUCAAUGGUGUAUUCAUCAUAACAUUACAAAUCUGGAGCUAGAAACUGACUCUAUUCUUCUCAUGUCAUGGAUCAAGGAUGUAUUUAAAAUCCCUUGGCAGGUUGAUAAAAUCAUUCGAGAUAUCAGAAGAUCCCUAGAGGGUACUUUUUGGUCUAUCCAACACUGUUUUCAUGAAGCCAACAAGGUGGCAGAUUUGCUCGCAGCUAUGAGUCAUAAUACUCACAUGGACAGAGUCUACACCAACUUUGAAGACCUUCCAAGACAAGUGAAAGGGCUUGUCAAUAUGGAUAAAUGGGUACCUCCUAAUUUUAGGAUUAGGAACAAAAAGAUCAAGGAAAUCAAAUACUCUGAUGUGGUUCCUCAUUUAUAG